AUGACGCCGUCUGUAGUUGAAUCACAAGUCUUUUGUGGUUUCCUGACUAACAGUCAUAACGAUUCAUUGCCACCAAUGACCGAGAAUCGAGCUGCUUAUAGCGGUAACCUGCUGAAUCAGUCAGCCACUGACGGCUUGAGUGGUGGUAUGCAGGGUACUGCUCAAGGGAGGGUAAACUUCAGUCCAGGGAAAGGAAGUUUUUCCAGGUACUGCUAUUCUGAGAAGGUCACUGGAAUACGCACCAGCCUCUUCAAGUUCCAGAAUAUAAUAGAGCUGAGAGGCGGAGGGCACGCCUCCGGCUUCGCUUGA